AUGACAAUGCAUCGGCCGGGCUGGAUAGUCGUGCGCCGAAAUGGCCGACGAGUUUGGGCCAAACGGUGUCAGGGAGACAAGCGGCGGAGAGGGAACGGCAACGGCAACAUCAACAACGAGGGUGACGACACCGGCAGCAGCAGCGUCAAGUGGCGAAAAGAGGAGCGAAGCGACAGGAAAAAAUCCCAACGGAUUGAUUGA